CCAAGCAUCAAACAAACACCUUGAUACAAUUACCAUGAUGAAACCAAUUCUCAGCACUCAUCUCUACUUUUCCUUGUUUCUGCACAUGAUCGUUGUCACCAUAUUCGUUGUCGGCGAUUCGCCACCCAUCUAUAAGCCAGUCGAAGAUAUCACCGUCAAUUGUGGCUCUUCCGGCAACAUAUUCAAUGCAUAUGACAACCGAAGUUGGAGUGGAGAUAUCAACUCAAAAUUUUCACCCCUUGAACCCCAAGCAGUUGGCAACACAUCCAUAUUCAAAGAAGCACCUCAUUCGUACAAGGUCCAACAAGUGCCUUACACCACAGCGAGGCUUUCUCACUCUGAAUUUACCUACAGAUUUUUUAACCUCACCCCCGGCCAAAAGUUCGUCCGUCUGUAUUUCUACCCAGCUUCAUACCCCGACUAUGAUCCCUCCAAAGCCCUCUCUGUCAAAGCCGGUGGUUUUACCCUUCUCCACGACUUCAAUGCAUCAGUCACUGCUGCUGCUUCUGGGCCGGAGGAGACGGUAUACAAAGAAUUCUGUAUGAACAUUAGGGAGGAAGAAAAAGAAGAGAGCUUGAACAUCACGUUCAGUCCAAGCAAAGCAAUCCCAUAUGCAUAUGCGUUUAUCAACGGAAUUGAAAUUGUGUCCAUGCCUACUAACCUUUACUACACAGAUGGGAUUCAAUAUGUAGGCAGUGAAUACACCUACUACAUCAAAAACAGCUCUGCUCUUGAGACGAUGUAUCGAAUAAACAUUGGUGGAAGCGACGUCUUUUUUUAUCAGGACACCGGCAUGUACCGAAAUUGGGAUGAUUAUUUAAAAGAAGAGAGGUACUUGGAGAAGUUAAGUUUAGGGUGGAGUGUUUUACCACAAAAUGUUAGCAUCCAACUCAACUGGGAUUUAAGUCAAAUACCAGAGUACUCUGCUCCAAAACAAGUUUACCAGACGGCCAGGUCAAUGGGCAACAAGAUCACCAGGAACCAGCUCUACAACCUCACCUGGAUGUUCCCAGUUGAUCCCAAGUUUUAUUACCUGGUUAGGCUUCAUUUCUGUGAGUUCCAACCUGAAAUUACUGCAAUCGGAGAUCGACGGUUUCGAAUGUACAUAGCCAAUAUAACAACUGAAGAACGAGCGGACAUAAUAGAAUGGAGUGGUGGAAAUGGAAUUCCAAUAUACAAAGACUACUUGGUGUUCAUGCCAACUGGAAGCGAGAAGAAAGUCAAUCUCUCCAUCGCACUGCAAGUAAACCAAUGGAUGACUGGAUACUUAGAUGCAAUGUUGAACGGGUUUGAAAUCUUCAAAAUGAAUGACACAAAGGGAAAUCUCGCCGGACCCAACCCAAAUCCACCUCCUACGACCCCGCAUACGGCGAUGCAAUCGAGAACAAGAGACCCAAAGUCAAAGAGUACACCUUUGGUUGCCAUUGUUGCUGGUGUAGUUUCUAGCACACUUGUAGUGCUAUCUGUUUUGAGUGUAUUCUUGGUUUUCAGGACACGACGUAAUUAUGGACACUCAACCCGCAGAGCGACCAACAAAACCAAGUGCCCGGACUCAUCCUUACCGUCCACUUUGUGUCACUGCUUUUCCCUUGGGGAGAUCAAAGCCGUCACCCGAAACUUCAGCGAUAUUUGUAUUAUCGGGCGUGGUGGGUUCGGUAAUGUGUAUAAAGGGCACAUUGAUGGUGGGGCCACUCCCGUCGCAAUCAAACGGCUGAAACCCGGGUCAUCACAGGGGGUCCACGAAUUCAAGACAGAGAUCGAGAUGCUCUCCCACUUACGACACCGUCAUUUGGUAUCGCUGAUUGGAUAUUGUGCGGAUGGAGGUGAGAUGAUCUUAGUGUAUGACUUCAUGGAUCAUGGGACUCUCAGCGACCAUCUCUACCACAAAGAUAACCCAUCUCUUUCCUGGGAGCAACGACUUGAGAUCUGUAUCGGGACAGCUCGUGGGCUGCACUAUCUUCACAAGGGAGCAAUGUGCACCAUCAUUCACCGUGACGUGAAGAGCACAAACAUUUUGUUGGACGAGAAAUGGAUGGCUAAGGUUUCAGAUUUCGGGUUGUCGAAAAUGGGAACCACCACCAUGUCCAACGCCCACAUCAGCACGGUGGUGAAGGGCAGUUUCGGAUACCUAGACCCAGAAUACUAUCGCCGUCGACAACUAACUGUGAAAUCUGAUGUGUACUCAUUCGGUGUAGUAUUAUGCGAGGUAUUGUGUGGGAGGCCAGCUUUAAUGCGUACAGUGGAGAGGGGGCAGAUGAGUUUGGCUGAAUGGGCCAAGACUUGUCAUCGCGAUAGGGCACUUAAUGAAAUCAUUGAUCCAUGCUUGAAGGGCAAGAUUGCAGCCCUAUGCUUUAAUAAAUUCGUUAAGAUCGCGAUGAGUUGCAUGCAUGAUAAUGGGAUUGAACGACCGUCCAUGGAUGACGUUGUGACGGGGCUCGAGUUUGCUUUAGAGCUUCAACAGAGUGCUGAGGAUGAUAUGGACUUCAAUAUUAUUGAAACCAAUAUUGAAGAUGAGGUUCCAUUCAUCGAACACCAGGAUGGGGUUAGUGAGCAAAGUUGUCCAACUAACCAAUCCAUUAUAAGGAUUUCCGAGACAAUCUUCUCUGAGAUCAACAAUACAUAUGGGAGAUGACCGAUGAUCAACAACGCUUUUAUUGAAAUGAGAACAAUCGGGCUACAAUAUCAUGGCAUGGCCUGUACAAAUUUGCAUACGAUCAAUAUGUGACUUAGAAGUUGUGAGUGCAUUAAGAUCCUAACACUAUUUGUGGUUUUGUUAUUGUCAAAAACUUAUUCCUCAUUUUUUUUCUUUUUACAAUAUCAUAGCGUAAUAGAUUCCUUUU